AUGGCAAAGGACAAGAAGAAGGGCUCGGAGGCCAAAAAGGCCAAGAAGGCCGAAAAGGCAGCCAAGCAGGCAAGCAAGGGAGAGAAGAAGGCCAAGGUCAAGGCGGCCAAGCUGGAUGGCAGUGACGUGGAAGAUGUUGAUCUCGACGAGGUGCUCGAGGAGUACCGCCGCCAGCAGGAACAAUUCUUGAAGGUCACCGAGACGGUGUGCGAGCAGCCACCACGGCCUCGGUCUGCCUCGACGUUUCUGGCCUCCCCUCACGACAGCAACAGUCUGCUUCUCUUUGGCGGCGAGUACUUCAACGGCUCGCUCGCGCAGUUCUACAACGACCUGCACAUCUACAACGUCAAUCGUGACGAGUGGCGGCUCGUCACCUCGCCGAACGCGCCCCUGCCUCGCUCCGGCCACGCCUGGACGCGGGCGAGCAAUCCGGCCUACGUCUACCUCUUCGGAGGCGAGUUCUCCUCCCCCAAGCAAGGUACCUUCCAUCACUACUCGGACUUUUGGAGGCUCGAGCCCGCCACGAGGGAGUGGAGCAAGAUCGAGGUCAAGGGCAAGGACAAGAGCCCGACGGCCAGGAGCGGCCACCGCAUGACGUACUGGAAGCAGUACAUCAUCCUCUUUGGCGGCUUCCAGGACACGUCGAACCAGACGAAAUACCUCGCCGAUUUGUGGAUAUUCGACACGGUCAACUACCAGUGGCACUGCCCGACGCUUCCGCAAGCCCAGCUCAAGCCUGACGCGAGAUCCUCCUUCACGCUUCUUCCCUGCGAGCACGGUGCCGUGCUCUUCGGUGGCUACUCGCGCGUCAAGGCAACCGUCGCGCUGAAGAAGAAGGCGGUCAAGACGCAGGGCCAGGGGCAGAAGAACGUUCUCCUUCCCAAGGUGCACGAAGACUGCUUCUUCCUACGCAUGUCCAUGCCGCCGGCGGAGGCGCCGGCCGGAACCCCGCCGGCAGUCCGCUGGGAGAGGCGGAAGAAGCCGGCAAACGCGCCGAACCCGUCUCGAGCGGGCGCGACCAUGACCUGGCACAAAGGCCGCGGCAUUCUCUUCGGCGGCGUUCACGACGUCGAGCAGAGCGAGGAAGGCAUGGACAGCGAGUUUUUCAACCAAAUGUUCGCCUGGAACGUCGAGCGCAACCGCUUCAUGCCCCUGGGCUUGCGCAAACCCCGACAGCAGAAGAAGAACGUGGCGGAGCAGAGGACCGGUCGGCGCGGCCGCGCCCAGGCCAACGAGGAAGAGCUGCUGCGGCAACUUGCCGCCCUCGAAACCGGCGCCUCGCUGGACGACGCCGAUGCCAUCGAGCUCGACAGGAAGGCUGACGAGGCAGACGAUGAGAAGCCAGCGCGAGAGAUGACGGUGACGAUGGAGCCGCCGCACGUGAGGUUCAACGCUCAGCUUGCCGUCCAGGAUGAUGUGCUCUACAUUUACGGCGGCACUUUCGAGAAGGGAGACCGGGAAUUCACCUUUGACGACCUGUACGCUAUCGACUUGAGCAAGCUGGACGGGUGCAAGGAGGUCUUCAGUCGACCUGUCGAGGACUGGAUCGAAUCGGAGGACGAGGACGAUGAGGAUGACGACGAAGAGGAUGACGAAGAAGGCGACGACGACGAGGAUGAAAUGGAAGAACUGGGCGCCGAACUUGCCGUCGCGAACAAGAAUCAGAAGUCGGAGGAUGCGGUCUCGAGCACGUCAUCCGACGUUUCGCUGCCGCCUUCGGCCGCAUCGGAGGAGGAUGAGACGGAGACGACGGCAACGUCGGUGGACGACGGUCUCCCGCACCCCAGGCCGUCUGAGUCGCGCCGUGAGUUCUUCGUGCGGACGACGAACGAGUGGCAGGAGAUUCUCAUGACGAACCUGCGGUGGAAAAACGUGCAGCCGGAAACGCUAGCGGUCAAGGAGAUCAAGGCCAAGGCCUUUGAGCUGAGCGAGGAGAAAUGGUGGGACUGCCGCGAGGAGAUUACGGCGCUCGAGGAAGAGCAGGAGGCAGCAGGCAUCCAGGAGGUGGUGAGCCUGGCGGAGAGGGGCGAUGCGGGAGCUGGAGGGGGCGCCAGGAGAAGAUGA